AUGGCCACCACACUCGCUGCUCUUACUGCUCUCCUGGGCGUUGGCGUUGCCAACGCAGGGCCCGUUCUGUCGCCCGCGCAGGAUAUUCUCUUUCCCUCGACCGCUCACUCGUCCAAUCCUUUGAUCUAUUCCGGGGGCAACACGCCUUAUUUUACCGGCCCCAAUGUCAAUGGCAUCGCCAACGAGGUGCCCGAGCAGUGCACCGUUCAGCAGGCUGCCUACAUCGUGAGACAUGGAAGCCGAUUCCCCGAUAGCGGUUCCUACAGCUCCUGGGUGGCUCUCGAGGAGAAGAUCCAAGCGGCCGUCCAGAGCGAGGGCUUCGAGGCCCGCGGCGCCCUCUCCUUCAUCGCCGACUGGAAGACGGUUCUCACAAACACCACGCUGCAGAUGUCUCAGGAGUCCAUGACCGGUCGCAAGGAGGCCGUUGACCUGGGCUAUACCCUCCGCGCGCGCUACCCCGACUUCUACGAAGAUGGCCAGCCCUUCUACGUGUGGGCUAACCAGUACGCCUACCCCAUCAGCACCUCGCGUGUGGUUCAAACCGCGCAGGCGUUUCUGCUGGGCUACAUGUACGAGUUCGCCGACACCUACGGCACAGUCGUCAGCGUCAACUCGACGGGCUCGGUCAAUGCGAUUGGCAACUCCCUCGGGCCCUCCGAUGCGUGUCCGCUGUAUGUCAACGAUGCGUAUAACAACGUGACCAACUGGGAUGCUACGUGGAUGCCCGCCGCGAUCAAGCGCAUCAACGCGCUGGUCAGCGGCAACCUGACCUUCACGGAGACCGACCUGACCUUCUUCCCCUACCUCUGUGCCUAUGAGAGUCAGAUCAAGGGUCGGUUGAGCGACUGGUGCAAUGUGUUCACCCAGGACGAGUUGACCAAGUAUGCCUACUCCCAGGAUCUGAGCUACUGGUACGGCGUCGGUCCUGGGUCCUCGGAUCCCACUAAGCUGCUCUUCCUGCCUUUCCUCGAGAGCUUCCUGGAUCUGUUGGCCCAGGGCCCGGACCAGAACGGCACGAAUGUGGAUGGCACCCCCUUUACAGUCCCGAAGCUCAUCAUGGCCUUCUUGAAUGACAACCAGAUCGCCGAAUUGACCGCCGGCAUGGAUCUGUUCAAGGACCAGGAAUCGCUGCCCGACGACAAGAUCCCCGCCAACCACCUCUACAACGUCGCUCACUUCAUCACCAUGCGCGGAACCGUCGCCUUCGAGGUGCUCAACUGCGAGACGACCACGAACAAGAAGACCACCGAGGAGACCUACCUGCGCAUCCUGCUCAACGAUGCCGUCUACCCGCUCCCCAUGUGCAAGGACGGCCCCGGCAGCAGCUGUCUGCUGUCCGAGUACGUCACCUAUAUCAAGAAGAAGAAUGCCGAGGCAGGCAAUUUCAUUGAUUACUGCAAUGUCACGGAAGCCGGUCACCCCGAGACGGUGGCCGGGGCCAGUUUCUUCACCGAUUUGACCCAGGACUUUUUGACUCUGGUCUCUCCGUGA